GGCGGCGGUUUGGGAGCCGGAGCGGGACUCCCCCCGGGCCCCGCCGCCACCGCCAUGCUGCUGCCCGUGUUCACCCUGAAACUGCACCACAAAAUCACCCCCAGGAUGGUAGCCGUGGGGCGCUACAACGGGACCCACCCCUGCCUGGCAGCCGCCACCCAAGCGGGCAAGGUUUUUAUUCACAACCCUCAUUCUCGUGGGCAACAUUUAAACACACCUCGUGUGAUCCAGAGCGGUCUAGAUUCGGAUGUUUCUCUGCUCAACAUUAACCAGGUGGUCAGCUGCCUUACAGCAGGCGUGUUGAAUCCUGAACUUGGCUACGAUGCCCUUCUGGUUGGAACCCAGACUAAUCUGUUGGCCUAUGAUGUCUACAAUAACUCAGAUUUAUUUUACAGAGAGGUUACAGAUGGGGCGAAUGCAAUAGUGCUUGGGAAGCUGGGAGACAUUUCAUCACCUCUCGCAAUUAUUGGUGGAAAUUGUGUCCUGCAGGGCUUUGAUUAUGAAGGAAACGAUCUUUUUUGGACGGUCACUGGAGACAAUGUUCGUUCCUUGGCGUUGUGUGAUUUCGACGGUGAUGGGAAGAAAGAGCUUCUUGUUGGAUCUGAGGAUUUUGACAUCAGAGUUUUUAAAGAAGAUGAGAUUGUGUCAGAAAUGACCGAGACAGAGACAAUCACAUCCCUUUGCCCAAUGUAUGGCAGUCGAUUUGGCUAUGCCCUAUCCAAUGGUACAGUUGGCGUUUACGAUCGAACAGCCCGUUAUUGGAGGAUUAAAUCUAAGAAUCAUGCAAUGAGCAUUCACGCUUUUGACCUUGACUCUGAUGGCGUAUGUGAGCUGAUCACUGGUUGGUCCAAUGGCAAGGUUGAUGCCCGCAGUGACCGAACUGGCGAGGUCAUCUUUAAGGAUAACUUUUCUUCUUCCAUCGCUGGUGUGGUGGAGGGAGAUUAUCGGAUGGAUGGCCAUUUGCAGUUAAUUUGUUGCUCAGUGGAUGGGGAAGUACGGGGUUAUCUGCCUGGUGGCCCUGAGAUGAAGGGGAAUUUGAUGGAUACAAGUGUGGAGCAGGAGCUCAUCAGGGAACUCAGUCAAAAGAAACAAAAUCUCCUUCUUGAACUGCGCAACUAUGAGGAAAACUCCAAACAGACGGAGUUGAGCGGCCCAGUGAAAGAAUCCGACGGACAGCGGGGCAUUAUUCCAGCCAACACCAAACUGCAGACAACACUUUCAGUGAAUCUGGGAACUGAGAGCCAAGCUGCUCAUGUAGAAUUAUGUAUUUCUACUUCUAAUGAUACGAUAAUCCGGGCUGUACUGAUUUUUGCGGAAGGGAUUUUUGCAGGUGAAAGUCAUGUGGUCCAUCCCAGCAUUCCAAACCUCUCCAGCCUCAUCCGCAUCCCUAUCAUCCCACCCAAAGAUGUCCCGGUAGAUCUGCACCUGAAAAUAUUUGUAGGCUACAGAAGCAGCACUCAGUUUCAUGUGUUUGAAUUGAUGAGACAACUCCCUCGGUUCUCCAUGUACACACUGAGUAGCACCGACUCUUCCAGGGAACCGCAGAGCUACGUUAACUUUACUAUCAAUGAACGGGUGCAGAGGGUUUUCAUAUGGCUGAACCAGAACUUUCUAUUACCAGGAGGAGAUACUGAGAUCCAAAAUGCUCCAUUUCAAGUGUGUUUCACUUCCCUCCGUGAUGCCAGGCAACUCUGUAUAAAAAUAAAACCCAGUGGAGAGAUCACCGUCAGUACUGAUGAUAUUGAUUUGGCUGGUGAUAUCAUCCAAUCAAUGGCUUCCUUUUUUGCCAUCGAAGACCUCCAAGUUGAAGCCGACUUCCCGGGCUAUUUCGAGGAGUUAAGAAAAGUGCUGAUUAAGGUAGACGAGUACCACUCGGUACAUCAGAAACUCAGUGCUGACAUGGCUGAUCACUCCAACCUGAUCCGCAGCUUACUGGUCCGAGCAGAAGAUGCCCGUCUCAUGAGGGACAUGAAAACGAUGAAGAAAAGAUACGUGGAACUUUUCAACCUCAACAAAGAUUUAUUGAGUGGAUAUAAAAUCAGGAGCAACAAUCACACAGAGCUCUUGAGUAACCUGAAAGAAGUAAAUCAAGCUAUCCAAAGAGCAGGCCGCCUUCGUGUGGGAAAGCCAAAGAACCAGGUGAUCACUGCCUGUCGAGAUGCAAUUCGAAACAACAACCUCAACAUGCUGUUUAGGAUAAUGCGAGUCGGAACUGCUUCUUCAUAACCAAGUGGGGUAGGAAUGGGUGAUGGAAAAGAAAAACUUUCCAGAACUUGACGGGGGGGAUAUAGUCGGCAGGAUUAGAUAUGCUAGCGCUUUCUCCCUCGACACUCUCUGUUUAAGGUCAGAGGGAACUUGACAUGACAUGCUUGAAUCCCAAGAACAGAACACGCAAUUGAAAACCAUUUUCUGCUCAUACUUUUAAUUAAAAGACUUGUGGGAGUGAAAGAAAGCCCAAGGAGAGCAUUUCAAAGUGCAGAUGUGGUCACUGUAUAUAAUUGUACCUGCUUUUGAGAUUGUAACAUAUUUAUGAAGGCCUUUAAGUCUUUUCAUUAAAAGUUAAAGGUGUCUGGC